UAAAAUAGAAUAAUAAUGCUCACCUAACUAAAAUAAACUCUUCUCCUUUUUUUCCAAUGAUCUUCGACUUUCAUUUCUAACCAAAUUCCCUCCUAACAAAAUUCAUUUCAUAACAAUUCAAGACCUUAUGGCUUCCCAACAGUCACAAUUGUUCGAUUCUUUGGGAGAUGAAUCACUGAACAAGAACUCAAAAUCGGUUUCUGAAAAUUCUACAGGGUUUUGUGAGUGCAAUAUUUGCUUAGAAUCGGCAAGAGACCCUGUAGUUACUUUAUGUGGCCACCUCUAUUGUUGGCCUUGCAUUUACAAAUGGCUUCAUGUUCAAACCUCCUCUGUUGAUUCUGACCAACAGCCCAAAUGCCCUGUUUGUAAAGCCCACGUCUCCCUUUCAUCCGUAGUCCCGUUAUACGGGCGUGGAAAUUCUCAGUCAUCAUCAGAACCUGAAUCAGAACCGGAGUUGAAGACUGCCCACCAAUCAGAACUGGUCAUACCCAACAGACCACCAGCACCAGGUGGAUCAAUUUUGCACCCAAAUCAGCAGAUCCAUCCGGUCCCUUUCCAGGCGCAGCCUCAACCUCACAUCAUGAAUCACACACACCCAUUCGGAAGCUACACCUUUGGGCCAUCUAAUUUAUCUGGGCCCAUACCAACCAGCAUUUCAAACCCAAUAGUGGGAAUGGUUGGAGAGAUGGUCUGUGCUAUGAUAUUCAGAAGCCCUGAUUCGGGUUUUCUUGCUGCCUAUCCUUAUGGGUCAUACCAUAACCCGUAUCCAGCUUCGGGCUCUAGUAGUCCAAGAGUUAGAAGGCAAGUAAUGCAGGUAGAGAAAUCGCUUAACCGAUUAACUAUCUUUUUCUUCUGUUGUUUCAUUUUGUGUCUUCUCUUGUUCUGAGUUUUUCCUUCCAUUGUAUAUAGCUUGUAUAUGAGUUUAUCAUAUCUAUGGAAUCUUGUAAUGCAUCCACAAUAUGUUGUGAUCGUUGUUAUAUAAUGCAUCAUCUUAAUGAGCCUUGGUUAACUGAACCAUUUUACGUUUAA